AUGGCGCAGGCGAAUCAAAAUGCGGCAGCGCUGCUAGCGCGAGUCAACAAGGAGCGUGCAGCCCACGGACUCAAGCCAGUGUGCUCGAACAAGAAGCUGCAGGCAGCAGCCGAGCGCCACGUCAAGGACCAGUCCAAGACCGACUACAUCUCCGACACCGGAACCGACGAUUCGAAUCCCGAGACGCGAGUCACCGAUGCCGGCUACAAGUGGCAGAGCGUGAGUGAGGCCAUCGAUGCGGGCAAUGCCAACGCGGACGCUGUGGUGGACUGGUGGAUGAGGAAUGAAGCUCGUGAGACCAUCCUCGGCAAGUAUACAAUGGCGGGAUCGGCGUACGCGUACAACCCCAACACGUACAGCAAGCACACGUGGGUGCAGGUCUUCGCCACUGGCAGCUCGGAGGCGUGCGAUGCUUAA